AUGCGUAGGUAUUUGUCAAAAAGAGGUGAGUGAGUAAUGUGGCCAUCCCUCGUUAUUUUUAAAAAAGAAAAGAAAAGAAAAAAGAAAAAAUUAAAAAUGAAGAUUAGGUCACGCAAACAGAGAGUCUCUCAAAUCAUAUAAAUACAAAACCACAAAUCAAAUAAACGCUGCCACCUCCAAUUCCAAUUCCCUCUUCAAAUCAUCCUAAAUGCCCAUCCCAACCACUUGAAUCACCGCCAAUUUCGCCGGAAAACCUCAAUACGAUGCUUUCCUUUCAACACCGUCUUCACACCUUUCUACAGAAUUGCAGAUCUGGUAAGAUUACUUUAAAUGAAGCAUUAGAUUUCUUUCAACUAAUGAUGUGUUCAAAUCCUACCCCUCCCCUUUCUUCUUUCAAUCAAUUACUUUCCGGGCUUACUAAGAUUAAGCAUUACUCCCAAGUCAUUUCUCUCUAUAAUCUAAUGCGCCUAGCUGGACUUGUCCCUAAUUUCUUCACAUUCAAUACCUUGAUUAAUUGCCUUUGUAAUGUGAAUCGGGUUAACGAAGGUCUUGCGGCCAUGGCGGGGAUUAUGACGAGAGGUUACAUUCCUGAUAUAGUCAUCUAUAGUACCUUGAUUAAGGGCUUGUGUAUGGAGCAUAGGAUUAGUGAAGCUACACGGCUAUUUAUGGGAAUGCAAAAGUUAGGUUGUAGGCCUGAUGCGAUUACCUAUAGUACCUUGAUUAAGGGCUUGUGUAUGGAGCAUAGGAUUAGUGAAGCUACAUGGCUAUUUAUGAGAAUGCAAAUGUUAGGUUGUAGGCCUGAUGCGAUUACUUAUGGGACUUUAAUGAAGGGGCUUUGUCAAACAGGGAAUAUUAACAUUGCACUUCAUUUACAUCAAGAAAUGCUCCACGGCCCCAGUCGGUAUGGGAUUAAAUGUAAGCCUACUAUUAUUUCUUAUAGUAUCGUUAUUGAUGCACUUUGUAAGGAUAGGCGGGAAGAUGAGGCAAGCGAACUUUUCAAGGAAAUGAAAGCUCAGGGGAUGAUGCCAGAUGUCAUUUCAUAUACCUCUUUGAUUCAUGGAUUUUGUCGUAGUGGAAAGUUGGAGAAGGCUGAAUGUUUGUUUAAUGAGAUGCUGGAUGUAGGUGUUCGACCUGAUGUGACUGCGUUUAGUGUGUUGAUUGAUAUGCUUUGCAAGGAAGGAAAGGUUAUCGAGGCUAAGGAGUUGCUAGAGGUGAUGAUUCAGAGAGGUUGCAUUCCUAAUAUAGUGACAUAUACUACCUUGGUUAAAGGGUUGUGUAUGAAGCGUAGGAUUAGUGAAGCCACACAGUUGGUUAUGAAAAUGCAAAAGUUAGGUUGUAUGUCUGAUGUAGUUGCUUAUGGGACUCUAAUGAAGGGACUCUGUCAAACAGGGAAUAUUAAAAUUGCACUUGAGUUGCAUAAAAAAAUGCUCAGUGACACUGGUCUAUAUGGGAUUAACUGUAAGCCUGAUGCUAUUUCCUAUAGUAUCAUCAUAGAAGGGCUUUGUAAGGAUGGACGGGAAGAUGAGGCAAGAAAACUUUUCAAGGAAAUGAAAGCUCAGGGAAUGAUGCCUGACGUCAUUUCAUAUACCUCUUUAAUUCAUGGAUUUUGUCGUAGUGGAAAGUGGGAGGUGGCUAAAUGUUUGUUCAAUGAGAUGGUGGAUACAGGUGUUCGACCUAAUGUGACUACGUUCAGUGUGUUGAUUGAUAUGCUUUGCAAGGAAGGAAAGGUUAUCGAGGCUAAAGAGUUGCUAGAGGUGAUGAUGCAGAGAGGUUGCAUUCCUGAUAUAGUGACAUAUACUACCUUGGUUAAAGGGUUGUGUAUGAAGCAUAAAAUUAGUGAAGCUGCACAGUUGUUUAUGAAAAUGCAAAAGUUAGGUUGUAUGCCUGAUGUAGUUACUUAUGGGACUCUAAUGAAGGGACUCUGUCAAACAGGGAAUAGUAAAUUUGCACUUAAGUUGCAUAAAAAAAUGCUGAAUGACACCGGUCCCUAUGGGAUUAAUUGUAAGCCUAAUGCUAUUUCCUAUAGUAUCAUCAUACAUGGGCUUUGUAAGGAUAGACUAGAAGACGAGGCAAGAGAACUUUUCAAGGAAAUGAAAGCUCUAGGAGUGAUUCCUGAUGUGAUUUCAUAUACCUCUUUGAUUCAUGGAUUCUGCCGUAGUGGAAAAUUGGAGGAUGCUAAACAUUUGUUCAAUGAGAUGGUGGAUCAAGGUCUUCAACUAGAUGAUGUUGCUUAUUACAUUAUGGUCCAUGGGUUUUGUAAAGAGGGACAAAUAGAUAAGGCUUUGUUUCAAAAGAUGGAAGCAAAUUGCUGCACUCCCAAUAUUAUUGCUUAUAAUACAUUUCUACGUGAUUUCUGCAAAAGCAAUAAAUCAGAAGAGGCGUUCAACUUCUGAAAGGGCUAAGAAGGACUGGAUAGGCUCUACAACAAAUUUCACUUUUUAUAGCAUCUCACUAUAACAUAUCUUAAAAACAACUAUGGAAACGGGAGGGAAAAAAGCAGAAGAGAAAAGGCGGAAGAAAAUCUUAAAAUUUUACUCAGCGCGCUUCAAAUUUUAGAAUAUUGAGAAGUGGCAUCAGUGCUCCAAACUUUAGUUUUUUCUGUUUCGCAUCACUCUGGUUUCUCUCCAAAUUCACAUAUUCUUUUUUGUCUUCUCUAAUUCUCAAAUCUAUGGCAAGAAGCACUUCCCAAUCCCUAUCCUCCUCUACAUCUAACCCCGAUGUCGUCACUUUGCAAGACUUUGCAACAAUGACAGAGCCUUCACCUUUACCAUCUCGGCUCCAGUUGUUUCACCGCCUCUACUUGACUCGUAGUUGAAGGAUCAAUCAGUGAUAGAAACAUGCCAAGGUUUUACACUGACGAUGCUCCUAGCUUGAAUAUUUUUUCCACCAUCACACUCUUCGUAAGUCUAUGCUAUUUCCACUGUCACUGGCCUCACAUCUUUGGUAAGCUUUAUUGCUUGUGAUUUGCCACUGGAGUUCAAUCUGAUGCUCAUUCCAUACAAAGUGCUUUUUUCCUUCUCAAUCUUUUCAUUCCCUAGAUGGAAUGUUAAAGUUUCUACAGACCUGAUGACUUAACGCUUUGUUUUUGGCUUUUUCUCUCUAAAUUUUACAGUCGUAGUCUUUUGAGGUUUAAAUUCCAUCAGUUUUGGACGAAUCAAAAGGAAGAGAUGAUUCUUCUGCUGGUAUUUUCUCGUUAGUUUGUAUAUUUCAGAAGAUUGUAAUGACCAGACUUAUUCCAGAAGAUAUUCUAAUGAUCUUAUUGUUGCUGAGGGAAUGGCAUGAAUAGUUUGUGCUUCUAGUGAAAGGGAUAUGACCAUCUUUGCAGCAGGAAUGAUCAAGAGAGGGACAAAUAGAUAAAGGCAAAUGCUUUGAUUCCAAAGAUGGAAACAAAUGGUUGUACUCCCAACGCAAUUACUUAUAAUACACUUCUGCGUGGUUUUUCUGAAAGUAAUUAAUCAGAGAAGGUUGUUCAACUUCCCCAUGAGAUGGUUCAGGAGGACGUGUCGCCAGAUGCCAACAUUUUGUGCUAUAGUUGUAGGUGUGCUUUUUGAAAAUGAAAAACAUGAAGAAUGUCUAGACUUGUUUCCGACGUUUUUUGUCCAAGAGCGUUAACGUUGAUAAUAUAACACUUAUUGGUAGCUUCAUUAGGGGCCUAAGAAGCAUGGACAUAGAUACUAUAGGACACGGCGAUAUGCCAAUUUCUAAAAUAAUAGGACACGGACACGUUGGGGAUACACUAUCUUUUAAAAUUAAUUCUUUUAUAAUAUAUGUAAAUUUGUCACAAAAUACUACAAAAAAAAGAAAAAAAAAAAGAUGUUCUUCACUAAAAAAAAAGCAUAAAAUGUCAUUGUGUCAUUGUCAAGUUAAUAUUUAACCAUUGCAGUUUGUAGGAGUACAUAACAUAUAAUGUAUAUCCAACAUUCAACCUAUACCUAAGUUAGGAAUUUAACCUAACAAUAGAAAAUGGAAAGUGAUUUUCCAUACAAAAGAAUAAAAUAUUAAAGACUAAUAAAAAACUAUCCUCUCAAAUCUCAAUGAUAUAUCAUCUUUGUCUACACCAUCCUCUUUAAUAAUUUCAGCCUCCAACUGUGGAUCAUCUAAAGGUAAAUUAGCUAAUUCAAGCAUGCCCACAUCUUCAAGCGAAUCAAAAGCACCUCCCGCAAUAUCCCAUGAUUUGGUUGCUCCUUUUGAAUAUUUUGGAGUUUUUCUAGACAAAAGACAAAGGUUAUUGUGGAUAAAAAUCAAAUCCUCCUCAUGUUGAGGCGUCAUUUUGUUCCUCUUAAUGGAGUUAAUAAAAGAAUAUGUGCUCCAAUUUCUUUACGUUCCUCUUAACGGAGUUAAUAAAAGAAUAUGUGCUCCAAUUUCUUUCACAAUAUGAAGAGGAUGAUGGUUGUCCUAAAACUUUAAAAGUAAUCUUUUGAAGCAUUGGUGCAUAAGUCCCAUGAUUUACCAUCAACUUUUAGGAUCUAUAGUGUGUCUCUUGCAUUUGAUAAAUAUCCCAUGAGUUACCACCAAUCUUUUGUAUCUCUUGCCUGUGUGCUUUUUGAUUCUUUCUCUAUGAAAGUCGUUUCUUAUAAAGAAAAAGUGUUAUAAUUUUUUAGGUGUGUCGUCCUAAAAUAUUCAAAAUUUCUGUUCAGUGUUUUGGGUAAAUGCUUCAAGAAGAAACCAACCAGUUUUCUUUUUCUUUU